AUGGCAGACCUUACGCAGACCGAGAUUGCAUUGGAGAAGACGGCGGCACACCAUGUGGAGGACACUCUAGGCCACGGGGCGAUCAUCGAAGCGAAGCAAGCAACAGACGAUGAGCAUUCUCAAACCUUGUGGCAGGGCUUGCGUGAAAAUCGCAAAGCAGUUGGAUGGUCCAUGUUGAUCUCUCUAUCAAUCAUCAUGGAGGGAUAUGAUACGAUUCUUUUGGGAAAUUUCUAUGCCUAUCCCACUUUCCAGCAGAAAUAUGGUGAAUACUACGGAGAAGAGACUGGCUGGCAAGUGCCUGCUCGAUGGCAGUCAGGUCUCAGUAUGGCUAGUACAGUUGGUUGUAUCUUUGGUGGUAUCAUGAAUGGAUAUUUUGCAUCGAAAUUCGGUUACCGAUAUGUCAUGAUAAUUGCACUAGGAUUUUUGAACGGAUUCAUCUUCAUGACCUUCUUUGCCAACUCAGCAACCGUGCUCCUAGUCGGUCAGAUUUUCUGUGGAUUUUCAUGGGGAGUCUUCGCCACUGUUGGCCCUGCCUACGCAUCCGAAGUCUGCCCGACAAACCUACGAGGAUACCUAACCACCUAUGUUAACUGCUGCUGGGCGAUUGGACAACUGAUUGCGUCCGGGGUGUUGUACGGUCUGGUCGAUCGACCUGACCAAUGGUCAUACCGUAUUCCCUUCGGUUUGCAAUGGAUUUGGCCCGUGCCAUUGAUGGUGAUUUGCUGGUUAGCACCAGAAAGUCCAUGGUAUCUUGUCCGCACAGAUCGUCUCGAGGACGCAAAGCGCUCUCUCCGCCGACUUAACAGCGACAGGUCAGAAGACCAGAUCAAUGGGCAAAUAGCGAUGAUGGUGCACACCACUAGCCUCGAGGCUCAAAUUGAGGCCGGAACCACCUAUGCCGAAUGCUUCAAGGGUGUGGAUUUGCGCCGGACGGAAAUUUGCUGCGUCGCCUUCAUGGGCCAGAUCAUGUCUGGUAGUUCAUUCGCUUAUACUCCAACUUAUUUCUUCGAGCAAGCAGGCAUGAGCACUGCUAAAGCCUUCCAGUUUGGCGUUGGCUGUACUGCCGUCAGUUUAGUUGGUACUAUGCUGUCCUGGUUCCUGAUUACCUUGUUUGGCCGCCGGACUCUGUAUGUCUGGGGCCAGGCCACGCUCACCACCUUGCUUUUCCUGGUCGGUAUCAUCAAUGCAGCCUCCUCUACUAAUGGCGCCAUGUGGGCCCAGGCAGCCCUAUGUAUGGUUUGGCUUUUCGUUUACUCAUUGACCGUCGGACCAAUCGCCUACUCCGUCGUAUCAGAGAUCUCCUCAGUCCGCCUGCGUACCUUGACGGUCUGUCUCGCCCGAACAGCAUAUCAGCUCAUCAACGUCGUCUCCCAAGUUCUGGAGCCAUACUUCAUGAAUCCCACCGCCUGGAAUGCAUCUGGCAAGACCGGAUUCUUCUGGGGUAGCACGGCCUUUAUUGCCUUCGUGUGGGCCUACUUCCGCCUCCCAGAACCAAAAGGCCGCACCUACGCAGAACUGGAUAUUCUCUUCGCCAAAAAGGUCCCAGCACGUAAGUUCGCCUCAACACAUGUUGAUGCGUAUGCGGCUUUAAAUGCAACCUCGCAGGAUGCUCUGACUCGCGAGGAGGUAGUGACAGAGGUCAAAGAGUGA